AUGCCAGUGAUGAAGGGUCUCCUCGCUCCGCAAAAUAUGUUCCUGGACAACAUCGCCAACCACUUUGACGGGACUCAUAGUAACUUCUUGUUGGGGAACGCCCAGGGUAGUCAUGGUUACCCCAUUGUGUACUGCUCGGAUGGUUUCUGUGAGCUGACGGGGUUCGUGAGGACGGAGGUGAUGCAGAAGACCUGCUCCUGUAGUUUCCUUCAUGGAGCAGAGACCAGUGACAGUGUGGUACAGCAGAUCGAGAAGGCCCUGAGCGGACAGCACGAGUACCAGGCUCACGUCUGCUUCUACAGGAAGAAUGGGAAUCCGUUUUGGUGCCUCCUGGACAUCGUCCCAAUCAAAAAUGAAAAAGGCGACGUGGUUCUGUACCUUUUAUCCUUCAAAGACGUGAGCGAUUCAUUUGGGAAGAGCCACCACUACCCAGAGACAGAGGGUCUGUCUGACGCCGUUCACCAGAGCAGGAAAACUCACCGCUCACACUUCGCACAGGUCCGACACCGAGGCCAGACCAUAGUGCACCAUCUGACCAGCCUGUUCCACAAGAGGGGCAAGAGGAAGCUGACCAACAACAUGUUCCAGAAGCCGUCUUUACCUGAGUACAAGGUUGCCGCGGUGAAGAAGUCCCGCUUCAUCCUUCUUCACUACAGUAUCUCCAAAGCCCUGUGGGACUGGCUCAUCCUCCUGGCCACUUUCUACGUGGCGGUGACUGUUCCCUAUGACGUGAGCUUCGUGAACCACGACCCCGACCAAGAGCGCCACACGCAGGUCAGCCAAGGAACUAUGGCCAGUGACAUCGCCGUGGAGGUCCUCUUCAUUCUGGAUAUCAUUUUAAAUUUCCGCACAACCUACGUCAGUCAGUCGGGUCAGGUGGUCUACAAUCCCCGCUCGAUCUACAUUCAUUACUGCACUACCUGGUUCUUUGUUGACCUGAUCGCCGCGUUGCCCUUUGACCUUCUGUACGCGUUCAACAUCACAGUGACCUCCCUUGUACACUUACUAAAGACAGUCCGGCUGCUCCGUCUCCUCCGCCUCCUUCAGAAGCUGGAUCGAUAUUCCCAGUACAGCGCCGUGGUUCUGACACUCCUCAUGUCCGCCUUCGCCCUGCUGGCUCACUGGAUGGCCUGCGUCUGGUACGUGAUUGGUCGAAAGGAGAUCGAGAGCAGCGAUCCCGUUACCUGGGACAUUGGCUGGCUGCAGGAGCUGGGGAAGCGUCUGGAGACUCCGUACAUAAACAGCUCAGUGGGAGGACCGCCCAUGCCCAGCGCGUACAUCGCCUCUCUGUACUUCACCCUGAGCAGUCUGACCAGUGUGGGCUUCGGCAACGUGUGCGCCAACACAGACGCAGAGAAGGUCUUUUCCAUCUGCAUCAUGCUCAUGGGAGCCUUGAUGCACGCCGUGGUGUUUGGAAACGUGACGGCUAUUAUCCAGCGCAUGUACUCGCGACGCUCCCUCUACCACACCAGGAUGAAGGACCUCAAGGACUUCAUCAGAGUCCACCGCCUCCCCCAGCAGCUCAAACAGAGAAUGCUAGAGUACUUCCAGGCCACGUGGUCGGUCAACAACGGCAUCAACGCCAAUGAGCUCCUCCAUGACUUUCCAGAUGAACUUCGUGCUGACAUCGCCAUGCAUCUGAACAAAGACAUCCUGCAGCUGCCAGUGUUUGAGCGGGCCAGUAGGGGGUGCUUGCGCUCCCUGUCCCUGCACAUUAAGACCUCCUUCUGUGCACCAGGGGAGUACCUCAUUCGCCAUGGAGACGCUCUCCAGGCCAACUACUACGUGUGCUCCGGCUCCCUCGAGGUUCUGAGGGACGGGAUGGUGCUCGCCAUUCUGGGUAAAGGGGACCUGAUUGGGGCGGACCUCCCGGGGCAGGAGCAGGUGAUAAAGACCAACGCAGACGUGAAGGCUCUGACGUACUGUGACCUGCAGUACAUCAGUGUGAAAGCUCUGAGGGAGGUGCUCAGACUGUACCCAGAGUAUGGGGCCCGAUUCAGCUCUGACAUCCACCAUAACCUCACCUACAACCUGAGAGAGCCGGCCAACACAGAGUGUGGUGACCAAAAACUGCCUUUUAUCAUCGAGGCCUGUGACGGAGAUGAGGACUCGGAGCAGAAGAGGGUACCCCUACCUAAAGGCGUCGGCAGCCCAGUUCGUCAGACUCGUUACAGUACGCUGUUGGGGGCGGAGCUACAUCAGAAUCCCGCCCUGCGCCUCUGCAGGUCUCCGGUGCAGGGCAGAGGCUGUAGUCCGAUACCCCAAACUUUUGAAGAACUUUCUCCUCUGGAUAAAGACUCUCAGCCUAUGUAUCGGCCCACGAAACUACUAAUGCCCACUCUGCCCUGUACCAGCCCACUCAACCUCAGCCCAAGAGUGGUGGACGGGAUAGAAGACAACGGGCACAGGUUUCAAUUUAACGUUGAGCCGAAUGAAGCCAGUUCUAACGUCACAGCCCCUCUGGAGGUGAACACGAGUCUGCUGCUGGAGACUGAGGAGGUCAGACAGAACAUCAGCAAACUCAGCAAAGAGGUGACUAAUUUGAACCAAGAAGUCUCCAGCCUGGCCAAAGAGCUGCAGAACAUCAUGCACUUCCUCCAGUCCCACGCCUCCAGCUUCCACUGCUCUGCCCCGGCCCCUGCCUCUGCUUUCUCCUGCGGGGUCCCGAUGAUGGCUCCCCCCGCCGUCACCGCCCCUUUAAGCAUCUCCACCGGCCUCCACCUCCACCACGACGCCAUCCCCCACCCGCCCCGAAAUAUAUGGGCCUGCUCCGGUCUCCCAACCCAAAGCAGGAGCCCCACUUUGCUCAGUACCUCCAGACAGAACCUGCUCACGUCCCCAUGUUUGUGCUGUAACGAAAGAGACGGGACUAGAGUGCACAAUUUUUCAUCUCCAACUCCAAGCUCUCCGUAUAUUAGCCACAGACACGCCGGACCGUCUUUACUUGGGCUUUCUUCUGCUUUUAACAGCUACUCAGUGCAAGUGGGAUACAACAACAUCACCAUCCCGACUAUGAGCACGUCACGCCCGAUGUGUUCCCCAGGCAACCAUUCGCCGUUGAGCGUCAAUACGGAAAUCCAAGGAUCGCAAACGCCAAUUCAUGCUUCCCUAACUCCGACCGGACAACCGCAUAUACACACGGCGUUCAGCCCCCUCAACUCCGCAGGGGGGACAUGGACGAGAAAUAGCCAAGUAACCGCCAAUGUGGGACAAAUGAGGCAAAAUAAUCCGAUAGGGUCCGGCCAAGUGCAUGCGCAGGGGUCUCUGUUGGGGUUUCUGGGUGACAGGGGGUGUACAGAGGCUAAUGCGGACAACGGGGAGGGGUCAGGUGAAUCGGCUACAAAGCUUUUAGACUUGGAUGGCAACUGA